CUGAUGUCCCAAGCUGGAGGAGCAGUUGGCAACUGUUAAAAUGUAACAUUCCAUCCUGGCUAACAACUGCUCUCCGUUCAGUUCAACAGUUCAACCACAUGGAGAAGCAAAACUACAGCAAGUUCUCCUGUUUCUGGGAGACAGAGCCCGUAGGCUGUAGGAGGAUAAGCUGUGACUUCUUUCACAGAAAACCCCGUAAUAUAAAUGGACUUUAUUUGCCACCUAGUAACAAUGUCCCAUUGAAACAGGAUGGCCAAGGAGGCAUUCUGCAUCCAGCCCAUCGUCAGGACUCACUCAGAAGUCAAGAGAAUAUUUUAGUACCAAUUCACCCUCCACUGAUUAUAAACCUCAGUGAUGAAGAGGAUGAUGAAGAGGAUGAUGACGAGGAUGAUGAUGAAGAAGACAACUAUGUUUCUAACUGGAUGCCUAAGACUGUUUUAGAUAUUGAAGAGGAAAGAGCAAUAAGGGAUAUAUGCUAUAAAUCUGGAGAGUAUUAUGGGAUUCAGAACCCUUACAAACACCAAUCGACAAAAACUGUGUCUUCACUGUGGCAAGAUGAGUUAUUACCCUUGGAAACUACUGAACAAAACUUGCAGAAAGGUGAUGGUAACACAAUUCCUACAAGAUUUAAUAAUACAAGGAAAGAAAAAGAGAGUUCAGAAAGGAGAAUAUCAAUAGAGAGUAUUCCCAGAACAGAUCAGAAAUCCUUUGAGAAUGGAGGAGGUGGUGGUUCUGUGAUGCAGAGGACCACAUUUGUUGAUGGGAACAGAUUUGAGGCACUACCUCGGGAAAAGGAACCAAUUACAUCAAAGUAUCCCAAUGUGAAAGAAACAAACCACACUGAACUGGUAAAGAACCACCACUGUAAGGAAGUAAAGGAAAAUAAAAGGAUUUCUGAGGAACGAAGAAAUUCAGCUAAUGUAGUAACUGGCAAAGGAAUUCAUACUCCAGACCCCAAAAUAAAACCAAGUUAUCAACAAAGGGGUCAAAGUAAGGAUGUUGAAACUGCUUCUUUGAGUCCAUAUGGGAGAGAAACUGGAAGAUACACUCAUUUAAAUUCUCCAGAACCUCGACGAUCAGCUUAUGUAGUCUACCGGACUGUCACUCAAAAACCAAAAUUCAAUGGAUCUACAGUAGUACCUGAAUCCUAUGGUCAGAAAAGCUCCAAACAAAAGAAUCAGCCUGACAACAAUAGGAGAUUUUGGACACAGACAGAAAACUAUGGCAAAUAUACUUCAGGAUCUUCUAAUUCACCAGCUUGGAGGAAAAGAAAUCCACAAGCAAAACAGUUCUCUAAAUUUAAAAUAACCACUCAGCAGACUAAAGAAGACAUGGAAGUGAAUAAAAAAGGAGAAAAAGAAACACCUAAAGGGAAAUAAGAAAAUUAUCAACUGGAAUAUCCAAAGAUGAAGAGACUGCAAAUUCCAAAAAGAAGGUGCAGGAAGGAAGCACACUAUAGUGCUUCAAAACUGGUUAAAAAUUCUUAAAAUUGUGCUCUGCAUGGUGACAUAUAAAGAUCUAUAUUCACUAAGUUUAAUCUACUAUAAAAAUUUGGCAGUUGAAGUUAUUUUUACAGACUACAGCUCUACACCACAGACUGAUAGUUCAAAGAGAAAAAGAUUCCAAAGCAGAGUCUUCCUUUAUUAUAUUUGAUAGCUGUUUUAAAGUAUAACUCCUAAUAUGAAUAAAUACUAUUAGUUAUACUUAGCAGUUUCAGAGGACUUUUAAUGUAAGCAGCAAUAAUGUAAUGCAUUCUAGAAUGUGGUUUGCUGGUACAAAAGUCAGAUUCCUAGAUGAUUUAGCUGUUUUUCCAGACGUCUGGGGACUCAAUUUGAAUUUGAUCUCAAGAUUUUCCAAUUUUAGUGCAGCAGCAGAACUGUGUUAUGAACUAAAUGAACUUCACAAGAAAUCUCUCAGAAUUAACUGAGAUAUGUAUUUACAUGCAUUUAAACUAAAAUAUGAAGAGCUGUAUAAAGAUUGAGAGGAAGACUGAAAAAAAGGAUACUUUAAUAUUGUUUUCUGAAGAAACGAACCUCAUACUGAAGUGUUACAUAUACAUGACUUCAUAUCUUUUUCUCAGAUGUUUUUUCAGUUUUUUUGCAUUUACUUCACGUUUUGUCAUUCUUAGAACAUAAUCAGUUUUUGAAGAGAGCCCUUCAAACUUCUUUUCUGUAACACUAGGAUCCAGUAAUGAUAUUGGUGGCACCUGUAACUGUGAGAAUGAAAGCAUUUUGCCACCUUGGAGCUUUUUCUUCUGUGACUGCUUAUAACAUGAGUCUGGGUCAGAUACCUUCCAGGAUACUUCUAGCUAUUCUAUUGUUCUAUGAGAAAUAUAGUCAUAUGCUUCUCUGCUCUA